AAAUCUUCAAAUAUUGUAUACAAGGAGGAGGAACCCAAAAAUGGCGAACCCAUUGGCCACAAAUCAAUCAAUCAAUCGUACCGUACGCAUCGGUGCCGGCGUUUGUAUCUCCGCCCUUUUCGUUUCUCCGCUAUCUCCUUCUCCGGACAACUACACUCUUUCUCCUUUCCAAUUCGUGGCCUUAUUGUAAUCUACGCCAGCUGUUUAGAUUUUAUUAUGCAGCACUUUUCAAGAUGGAGGAACGUCUUCACUCUCAACAACACGAUUGCGGAAUCGGCAAAAAUUGGAAUAGCUACAACAGCUCAUCUUGCUUCGUUCCAUUCCACCGGUGCUGUUCUGGAGAAAUGGAAGAAUAAGUUCAACUUUGAGGUAAGAGGAGAUCGGCAAUCAUCCAAGACAUAUGUAAGGUAUGUAGUAAGGCAAAAGCGUGCUGACACAAAGAAAGCCCUUAAAAGUAUACUCUACAAUGGAGGUUGCUCGGCAUCAAAAACCGAGUCAUUUUCAAGAAUAGAAGCCGACUUUGCAGAUCAGUUAAACAAGAAAUCUCGGGCAAAGUCUGCUCGUCAAGCCAAGAAAGCUUGCCAAAAGAAAUUGCAUCGUAGGCGUCGGAGAGAGGAUGAGGACGAUGAAAGGAUAUUUCAUGGUACAUUUGGGAAAGGAGGCUUCAACUGGACAUUCAGACCCUCAGAAAUGGGAUUCAAUUGGACAAAGAGUUCUGGCUGGAAUUACAGUAGAUUUCACGCUCAGGAUUGCAGAAGUAGGAUAGAGUACGACAACUCCUGCACUAUAGGAACCUAUGCGGAUCGAAAAAUCCUCGGCUUGCCAAUUUCAGGCGCUUUGAAAAUGGAAGAUGUCAAAACUGCCUUCCGAUCCGCUGCUUUGAAGUGGCAUCCCGACAAACAUCAAGGCCCUUUACAGGCAAGUGCAGAAGACAAAUUCAAACAAUGUGCCGAGGCUUACAAGUCGCUGUGCAAUGCUCUGUCUCAAGAAUACUAAACUUUAUCAGCCGGGCCGGGCCGCUUUAGGCACCCAUUUGAGAGUAAGCGGAAUUUAAAUCUUGAGGCUAACAUAUUUGAUUGUGUAACAGCUAAUAUAUUUUAAUCUUAUUAAUUUAUUUAUAAUAGAUGAUGACAAAAAUAGGUAGAGAUAUCUCAAUUUUCUAAAUUGACGUACAAAAUCAUUUCUCAUUGUUGGCAAAUCAUUUAUAUAAAUGAUGAUGCAGAAUUGGGAUUCCAGAGCAU